AUGGAGGAUGAAAAAAAAGUUAAAUUCACUGCUCAAGAUUUAUAUGAUAAGAAAGCUGACAAAACAGAGCUUCAAACGUUAAAGACAGAAAUACUUCAAACACUAUAUCCUAUAGGUUCUAUUUACACGUCAAUGAACUCUACCAAACCAGAAGUAGUACUUGGUUUUGGAACUUGGACUCAAAUAGUCGACAGGUUUUUGUAUUGUGCAAACUCUUCAAAGGAAACAGGUGGAAGUAAAACGAUUUCAGGUGCAAAUUUACCUGCGCACAGUCACUACAUAAAUUUAAGUACAUCUGAAGCAGGUUUGCAUAGUCAUAGAUUUUGGGAUUGGUCAGGAAUGACAAAAGGUAAAGGAUAUGAUGUUAAAGAGGACGUUAAGUUUGCUAUAAAUUGUUACUGGAGUAACACUGAGGUAGGAGGAAGCCAUACACAUCGCAUUACAGGGUAUACGCAAACAACAGGACAAAGUAAAGACUACAUGCCACCUUACAUGACAGUUUACGCAUGGUAUAGAAUUGCUUAG